AUGGCGACUACUACUACUGCUGCUGAUGAUGAUAAGAUUGUUGAUGUUCAGUUGAGUGAAACGAAGUAUUUCUAUGAGAAUCUUAGAGCCUCUGAGGCAAAGAAAAGGCCCGCAGUUGAUUUCAUGGAGACGAUCCAGCCGAAAUACGUUAAUGCAAGCAGGCGAGCAGUCCUAGUAGACUGGCUUGUUGAUGUUGCUGACGGGUAUAACCUGGCGCCCGAAACAUUGCAUCUGGCUAUCAACUACCUAGAUCGAUACCUUUCGUGUAAUCCCGUUGUUAUUCAAAAAUUGCAGUUGCUUGGUGUUGGUUGCAUGAUGAUUGCUUCCAAGUAUGAGGACAUACGUCCGCUGCAGGUGGAAGAUUACUGCUUCCUGAUGGCUCACAAGUGCACCAAAGAUGAGGUAUUGCAAAUGGAAUCCUCUGUUUUGAAUUUCUUCAAGUUUGAGAUGACUGCGCCUACUGUCAAAUCUUUCUUAGGGCUAAUAUUGGGUUUCCUUCCUGCUUCCGCUCAAGGCAAUAAGAUAUAUUAUUUGGCAAGCUACAUAUCCGAGCUGUCUCUUCUAGAGUAUAAUAUGCUAUGUUAUGCUCCUUCCCUCGUUGCUGCAUCCGCUAUUUUCUUAGCCAGAUUCCUGCUUACUCCCUCACAGAAACCAUGGAGUUCGUACUUGACACGUUAUACUUGGUACCAGCCAUCAGAUUUACUAGACUGUGUCAAGGCCCUGCACGCUGCUCUUGUUUCUGAUCGUGAACGCCCGAAUCCUGCAUUGCCCACAAUCAGAAAUAAGUACAGUCAACAUAGCUACAAAUGUGUAGCAGAGAUCCCCUGUCCUGGGUCGAUACCGUUGGAGAAUUUCGAUAACAUUGUUAGCAGCUCUCUUGAUGGACAGAUAGAGGAACCUCCAAGUAGGGAUGGGCAUGUGACCAUCUUGGUCCAGUCCCGGUCCCGAAAAUCGUCAAAAACGAAUUUCGGCACCACCGGUAUUUCCCGUACAGUUCCAGUCACAAAACCGCGAAGUACCAAAAAUAGAUACCAGUCCCGGUCCAGAAUGGGACUCAGUACCACUAUUCAGGAUCAGGGAUUGGGAUUUCUUGCUCAUGCCUACCAGCAAAGUAGCUAG